AUGGGAUUGCCUCCGCUGGAAUUCAGUGAUUGCUAUUUGGACAGCCCGCAGUUCAGGGAGAGGCUGAAAUCGCACGAGACUGAGCUGGACACGACCAACAAGUUCAUUAAAGAGCUUAUCAAGGAUGGCAAAUCACUGGUGGCAGCACAUAGAACUCUUUCAUCUGCAAAGAGGAAAUUUGCUGGAUCACUGAAUGAAUUCAAAUUCCGGUGCAUCGGUGAUGCAGAAACUGAUGAUGAAAUCUGCAUUGCCAGGUCUUUGCAGGAAUUCGCUGCUGUACUGGGCAAUCUUGAAGAUGAGAGGAUGCGGAUGAUCGAAAAUGCUGGAGAAGUUCUUAUUACACCUCUUGAAAAAUUCCGAAAGGAGCAGAUUGGGGCUGCAAAGGAGGUGAAGAAGAAGUAUGACAAAGAGACAGAGAAAUACUGCAGUGUUCUGGAAAAGCACAUGAACUUGUCAUCCAAAAAGAAAGAGGUGCAACUACACGAGGCUGAUAGUCAAGUGGAUCAGAUGAGGCAGCAUUUCUACGAGGUGUCACUGGAGUAUGUUUUGAAAGUGCAUGAAGUCCAGGAGAGGAAAAUGUUUGAAUUUGUGGAGCCACUGCUGGCUUUUUUGCAAGGUCUGUUCACAUUUUACCAUCAUGGUUAUGAACUGGCAAAAGACUUCAGUGACUUCAAGACACAGCUAACUAUCAGCAUCCAAAAUACACGGGAUCGGUUUGAAGGCACACGCUCUGAGGUAGAAGCUCUCAUGAAGAAGAUGAAAGAAAACCCUCAUGAGCAGCAAAUGAUGAGUCCUUUCACAAUGGAAGGAUAUCUCUACAUCCAGGAGAAACGGCACUUUGGGACGUCCUGGGUUAAACAUUAUUGCACCUAUCAACGGGAAACAAGACAGCUUACUAUGAUUCCAUUUGAUCAGAAGUCAGGGGGGAAAGUGGGGGAGGAAGAAGUCGUUCACUUGAAGUCUUGUAUACGAAGAAAAACAGAUUCCAUAGAGAAGAGGUUUUGCUUUGAUGUUGAAGGUGUUGACCGGCCAACUAUAAUAACUAUGCAGGCUCUUUCGGAAGAAGACCGCAGGCUGUGGAUGGAAGCCAUGGAUGGCCGGGAACCAGUUUACAAUUCAAACAAAGACAGCCAAAGUGAAGGAACUGCCCAGCUGGACAACGUUGGCUUCAGCAUUAUCCGGAAGUGUAUCCAAGCAGUGGAAACAAGAGGAAUCACUGAACAGGGACUUUAUCGAAUUGUUGGUGUCAACUCUAGAGUUCAAAAACUUCUGGGUAUUUUAAUGGAUCCGAAAAUUGCUGAAGCUGAAACUGAGGUCUCUACAGAGUGGGAAUUAAAGACAAUUACAAGUGCUUUGAAGACAUAUUUGAGGAUGCUUCCAGGGCCCCUCAUGACUUACCAGUUUCAAAGAAGUUUCAUCAAGGCUGCUAGUAAGCCAAUGUGGUGAACCCGAAUAAAGGAAAUCCAUUGUCUGAUUCACCGCUUGCCGGAGAAGAACCGACAGAUGUUGCACUUGUUAAUGAAACACUUGGCAAAUGUUGCUGCUAAUCAUAAGCAAAACUUGAUGACUGUAGCCAACCUGGGAGUAGUUUUUGGUCCAACACUUUUGCGUCCCCAAGAGGAAACUGUAGCAGCCAUCAUGGAUAUCAAAUUCCAAAAUAUUGUUGUUGAAAUAAUUAUUGAAAACCAUGAAAAGAUGUUUUCCACAGUGCCGGAGAUGCCACAGACAAACUCCCAGCUGCAUUUGUCUCGUAAAAGGAGCACUGACUCAAAGCCGCCUUCCUGUAGUGAGAGGCCUUUAACGCUUUUCCACCCAACGCAUUCCACAGAGAAAGAUGAGAAAAGGAACAGUGUAAAUUCCAGUGCAGAAUCUGUCAAUUCAUCCAAUGCGAACAGUUCCGUGGGCUCCAGCUGUGUUCAGCGCACCAACAUGAAUAAUCUUAACUCCAGCGACCCUGACCUGGAAGUAAUUAAAAUGAGCAGGCCAAAUUCCCUCUCACUGAAUCCAAGUCCAACAUCUCCAUUGACUUGCCCAAUGGUUUCAGCUCCAUCAAGCCCUAUGCCAACAUCUUCAACGUCGAAUGAUUCUUCUCCGACAAGUUUGCCAAGGAAAGCAAAGGCCUUGUAUGCAUGUAAAGCCGAGCACGACUCUGAACUCUCAUUCACAGCUGGAACCUUCUUCGAAAACGUUCACCCAUCCCAGGAGCCAGGCUGGUUAGAAGGGACGCUCAACGGAAAGACUGGACUCAUACCUGAAAACUAUGUGGAAUUCCUAUAG